GUAGGAUAGCUGUUGUUCCCUUGCGCAAGCGCAGUGCGCUCUGUGAUAAACGCCUUUCCUCAGUCCUCCUCCGUGAUUUUGUGAUUUAAACUCUUUAUUCGGACUAAUGAUUUAAACUCUUUAUUCGGACUAACCUCGACCAGGGGCGAUAGCAGGCAGGAUGCAGGAGGACGCGCGCUAUCUCAAGCGGAAGGUGCGUGCUGGCAGUCUAGACGUCCACCCCACAGAGAAGGCCCUGGUGGUGCAGUAUGAGGUGGAGGCCUCCAUCCUGGGGGAGGGAGGAGACCCCAUGCUGGGGGAGCGCAAGGAGGGCCAGAAGAUUAUCCGGGUGAAGAGCCUCUCCCCCAGUACUGACGUGGGGGCGUUGGCCAGGAAGGUGGUGGAGGAGUGCCGCCUCAUCCCGCUGUCACGCCUCCCCCAGGUGGAGCACCUCCUGCACUACCUGCAGAGCAGGAGGCCCGCCGAGGGCAAAGUGGACCAGAGCAGUCAGCUGCUCAGACCCAGGGAGCUGACUCCGUUCGAGGGCCUGGAGGUGGGGGAGGAGGCCUCCAUCUCCCAGGUGGAGCGCUACGUUGAGCUGCUCUACGAAGGACUUCCUGAGAAGAUCAGAGGCUCCGCCCUGCUGCUGCAGCUGGCCCGCAACCCUGACAACCUGGAGGAGCUGCUGCACAACGAGACGGCUCUAGGGGCACUGGCCCGGGUUCUCAGGGAGGACUGGAAGCAGAGUGUGGAGCUGUCCACCAUCAUCAUCUACAUCUUCUUCUGCUUCUCCAGUUUCUCCCAGUUCCAGGCAGUGGUGUCCCACUAUAAGGUGGGGGCUCUCUGCAUGGCGGUGGUGGAACAUGAGCUGAGGAGACACGACCUCUGGAAGGAGGAGCUCAGCAAGAAGAACAAGGCCUGCGAGGCGGUCCCGGAGCAGGGCUCCCUGCGGCGGGACCAGGAGAAGGCGGUCAGGAAGUACCGCAGCCUGCUGGCCAAGCAGGAGCAGCUGCUCAGAGUGUCUCUCUACCUGCUCCUGAACCUGGCUGAGGACACUCGUACCGAGCUGAAGAUGAGGAAUAAGAACAUGGUGGGUCUCUUGGUCCGGGUCCUGGACCGCGAGGACCCCGAGCUGCUGGUCCUGGUGCUCUCCUUCCUCAAGAAGCUCUCCAUCUUCCUGGAGAACAAGAACGACAUGGCCGAGGUGGAUACAGUGCAGCGAUUGGCUCGCUUCGUGCCGUGUGACCACAAGGACCUGCUGAACCUGACGCUCCGCCUCCUCCUCAACCUCUCUUUCGACUCAGGCCUCCGGACCAAGAUGGUGGAGGCCGGCCUGCUGCCAAAACUCACCGCCCUGCUAGGGGACGCCACCCACCGGCAGGUGGCCAUGUGGAUCCUGUACCACAUCAGUGUGGACGACCGGUCGAGGUCCCUGUUCGCCUACACAGACUGCAUCCCCCAGCUGCUCCAAAUGCUGUAUGACCACGGGGAGGAGAAGAUGGACAUUGAGCUCAUCUCCUUCUGCAUCAACCUGGCAGCCAGCAAGAAGAACGCCCAGAUUAUGUGUGAAGGCAACGGGCUGAAGAUGGUGAUGAAGAGGGCUCUGAAGAUGAAGGACUGCCUCCUGAUGAAGAUGAUCAGAAACAUCUCCCAGCACGACGGACCCACCAAGGCCCUGUUCAUAGACUACGUGGGCGACCUGGCAGCCCAGAUGGCGGCGGAGGAGGAGGAGGAGUUUGUUGUGGAAUGCGUCGGAACGCUGGGGAACCUGACUGUCCCGGAGCUGGACUGGGAGCUGGUCCUCAGAGAGUACAACCUGGUGCCCUACCUCAAGGACCACCUAAAACCAGGCUCUGCGGAGGACGACCUGAUCCUGGAGGUGGUGAUCCUGGUCGGGACCGUCUCCAUGGACGACGCCUGCGCCGCCAUGUUGGCUAAAUCCGGCAUCAUCCCCGCCCUCAUAGAGCUGCUAAACGCCCAGCAGGAGGAUGAUGAGUUUGUGUGUCAGAUCAUCUACGUCUUCUACCAGAUGGUUUUCCACCAGGCGACGCGCGACGUCAUCAUUAAGGACACCCAGGCGCCGGCCUAUCUGAUUGACCUGAUGCACGACAAGAACACGGAGAUCAGGAAGGUGUGCGACAACACCCUGGACAUCAUCGCUGAGUAUGAUGAGGAGUGGGGCCGCAAAAUCCAGUCGGAGAAGUUCCGUUUCCAUAACAACCAGUGGCUGGACAUGGUGGAGAGUCGCCAGGCAGAGGAGGGCGAGGCCUAUCUCUAUGACAACGACAACGACCGCACAGACCUCUUCUACAGCGCUGAUGGUAUCACUCCUGGUUUGACUCCUGGUUCUGUGUCUAGAUGGUAUCACUCCUGGUUUGACUCCUGGUUCUGUCUAGAUGGUAUCACUCCUGGUUUGACUCCUGGUUCUGUCUAGAUGGUAUCACUCCUGGUUUGACUCCUGGUUCUGUGUCUAGAUGGUAUCACUCUUGGUUUGACUCUAGAUGGUAUCACUCCUGGUUUGACUCCUGGUUCUGUGUCUAGAUGGUAUCACUCCUGGUUUGACUCUAGAUGGUAUCACUCCUGGUUUGACUCCUGGUUCUGUGUCUAGAUGGUAUCACUCCUGGUUUGACUCCUGGUUCUGUGUCUAGAUGGUAUCACUCCUGGUUUGACUCUAGAUGGUAUCACUCCUGGUUCUGUGUCUAGAUGGUAUCACUCCUGGUUUGACUCUAGAUGGUAUCACUCCUGGUUUGACUCCUGGUUCUGUGUCUAGAUGGUAUCACUCCUGGUUUGACUCCUGGUUCUGUGUCUAGAUGGUAUCACUCCUGGUUUGACUCCUGGUUCUGUGUCUAGAUGGUAUCACUCCUGGUUUGACUCCUGGUUCUGUGUCUAGAUGGUAUCACUCCUGGUUUGACUCUAGAUGGUAUCACUCCUGGUUUGACUCCUGGUUCUGUGUCUAGAUGGUAUCACUCCUGGUUUGACUCCUGGUUCUGU